AGAGAGGAAGUAAGGCUGAGCUUGCUGUAGAUGUUACAGAUUUCGACACAAGACGCUAACAGUACACGUUUGUACAGUUUAUUAGUCACGCGGAAAUAAGACACUUUUUGGCGGCGUUUAUUUGGACUUCCUCCAAAUUCCCCUCCCACUGCGAAAUUCAUAGCUCGAAGGGGAAAAGUUGCACAGUUUCCAACUGUUGAAGGCAGAGCGGAAGUGAGCUCGGAGAAAGCUAGGCGUCAGGAGCACGAGAGGUUGCUGCAGGAUCCGUGUGUUACCGGAGGACCGUCGAGAUGAGUGAGGAGAGGCCCGAGGUCGAGCUCUUCGUCAAGGCGAGAAGUGAUGGUCAGAGCAUUGGGAACUGCCCGUUCUCUCAGCGGCUCUUCAUGGUCCUGUGGCUCAAAGGCGUGACCUUUAAUGUGACCACCGUGGACAUGAAGAGGAAGCCAGACAUUCUCAAAGAUCUGGCUCCUGGCGCUCAGCCUCCUUUCCUGCUGUACGGCUCCGAGGUGAAGACGGACACCAACAAGAUCGAAGAGUUCCUGGAGGAAACCCUCUGCCCUCCUAAAUAUCCUCGGCUGGCAGCUCGCAACCCUGAAUCAAACACCGCAGGUCUGGAUGUCUUCUCCAAGUUCUCCGCCUACAUUAAGAAUUCAAACCCGCAGAUGAACGACAACCUGGAGAAGGGUUUACUGAAGGCCCUGAAGAAGCUGGAUGACUACCUGAGCUCUCCUCUGCCGGACGAGAUCGAUGAGAACAGCGCUGAUGAUGAUGUCACUUCCUCCCGCCCCUUCCUGGACGGUCAGCAGCUGACUCUGGCCGACUGUAACCUGCUGCCCAAGCUGCACAUCGUCAAAGUGGUGUGUCUGAAGUUUCGAGGGUUCUCCAUCCCUCGCUCGCUGACGUCUCUGUGGCGAUACCUGGACGCGGCGUAUGCCCGAGAGGAGUUCUCCUCCACCUGUCCCAGCGAUGAGGAGAUACACGUGGCCUACUCCUCCGUCGUGAAGGCGCUCAAAUAGAAGAACACACACUCACACACACACUCAUGUGCUUUAUUACCGGUUCUCUUUACAGAUUGUCCCCAUGUUUCAAUUGGUUCCUGUGUGUCGCGAGCACCAGAGCUUGUUUGCACUAGCAGAAGUCUCAUCUUUCAACUAAACGUGGUUUUAUAGUUCUUUUCUUUUUUUUAAACAGCUGAACUGCAGAGGUCAAAGGUCAUUUCUGCACAUACUGCAGUGAUACAUUACAAAAUAACAAAAACAAACUGGUUUUCAAGCUACAAAGUCAUGGCUUAAUCAAUAAGUACUCCACAGGAAUCCUGUGUGAUGUUUCAGCUCGUCUAAAUGAAUGCAUCAUGGGAGAAGAAGAAACUGAAACACAUGUUGUUAUUCAGUGAAAACCGUAUGAAUCAGAAUCCAAUUUGACUCUUCAUCUCUAAAUAUCACUGUCAGCGUGCUCUUUGAAAACACUCUUAUUUAUUGUGUGGGCAGAGUUUUGAAAUAUAUGCACAUUUGUAGUCUUCUGAAAAAGAGGAAACCAGUGAUGUUUUAAGUUGAUUCAGGCGGUUUCUAAGAAGACCUUACUAAAUGAUCUUUAUAAAUGGUAAACCCUCAGCCCUACACACACUUCUGUGUUCACUUCCUGUUAACCACUUAAUAGUCUCCUAACCCACUCUGCACUCAGAUGGCCAACACAACACCAAUGCAGAUAAUGAUGUGAGGAUCUUAGUGAUUAGAUGGAUGUUACAGCAAAGCCAUUUUCUUCCUGCAUUUCUAUUGUUAUUCAGCAAAACACUUUAUAAUAAAGUUGAAAUAAGAAAAAAGGAAA